GUUUUGUCUCUGUAGCAGCUUUUUGUUUUAUUUUCCUCUUAACUUGUACACACUCUCUACUACUGAUAUGAUUUCGAGAAUUCCAAGCCCUAAAGUUGUUGUUUUGAGCAAUUUCACUCUCCUGUUUCACGGAGAUCGCAGUUCAGGAUAAAUAUAUUAGAGCUUCAUGGACUGGGAUCUAGGGCCUGAUGAUCCAGAAAGCAGCUUUUAUGUGCAACCUGAAUGGAAGUGUGACUUUAACUUUGGCUGUGUGUCUGAUGUGAUUGAAGAAGAUGCUUUGAAUGAGAAAAGCUGCAUACAAGUUUUGAAGGUCUUGAUAACAAAAGCAGAUGCUGAAAUUGAUACACUUGAACAAGAUUUGUUAUCCCUGCAAUGUGAACUGGCUUGGGUAGAAAAUAAGGAGUGGUCUGAAAUAUGCUCUAAUGCUUUGAGAGAAAAGAUAAAUUGCCUUGAUAUUUCAAUAACGAGUUUGAGGAAUAAGGACAAGAAUGACAUGGAGGUUCAGAUACUGAUGCAUACACAACCAGUUGAAAAACUGCAUGAAAUAUUGAAGGCUCUGCUCAGGAAUUACUUCUGCAACAAAGAUGAGCAGCCUGCAAAUGCUGGUGUCAAAGACUCCAACUCCCAUUCUAUGAACUUGGCCGAUGGUCAGUCUGAUGAAGAGAUAUUAUCAAGCUACUAUGGUCCCAAAAAUAUUAGGAAGGGGGAAAAUAGAGAACAUGAUUUUAGUCCAAAAGACGAGAGAAUGAUAAAAAGUUCAUCAUCAAACUCUGAAGAUAAGGCGAGAUGCUAUGUCGAGACUAUUAAACUUCAGCCUGCAGAUGUUGGGGUUAGCAAUUCAGUUCCAGGUUCUUCAGAGCAUCCAGUUGGCAAUUCUGAUUCAAUAAUUGUAAGUGAGGAGGUUGAAGAACGUAAUUAUAUCUCUAAAGAUGAUGUAAUUGUAGGCUCAUCGCUGAAGUCUGUGGUGAAGAAAACAGAUCCAAGUAAAAAGGUCAAGCUUGCAAAUCCUACAGUUAAAGAUUUAGGCUUAAAUGCUACUAGGCACACGACUGCAGACUCCAAUGAGAUGAAAAUUUUGUGCAACUCUAAUAUAGAAGUGUCUGGAAAUGAGGAACACUGUUCUAGGGCUACAGGCAAAAGCAAAAUUUUGAGUUCAUCCUUGAAUCCUGAAGGCAAAGGAAAUCAUCCAAGAAAAGAUAAGUUUGCAGGAACUGUUGUGAAAAAUAUAAAUGCUAAAGAAUUGAGAUGUGCAACUGGCAUUCAUGUGAGAAAAGGAAAUGCUGAUUCUGGAUUAGGUACUUGUAGUAACACUGAGAUAGAGCAAAAGCUUUCUGAUUUUUCUAAGGAAGCUGCACCCAAGCAGACCAUGAAAGAAUCAAAGGCUGCUGCAUCUCAGAAUGUGGUUUCUUUGAAUUCGCCUCUUAAAACACAGGGAAAGAAGAAAAGUCCUCCACAAAUUGUGAAGGUGGUUGAAGCUGCUCUGACUGAGACAGAAAAUUGCGCCUUAACCUCUCUUUUAGAGCUGCAGGAUAAGAAAGGGAUAAGUGCAAUCAAGUUACUGCUUAAAGAGGGAGGAAAAGGUAUGCCUGAAGUUAACACGAGUGAAAUUUGUCCAGAUGAGGAGAACUUCCACUUGGACUUAUCCCACAGUUUUCAUAAAGAAAAGGCAAAGAUGAGUAUCAAGCUAAGUACACCAAUUAUACAAGAAAUUGGUUUUUCUACUAUGGUGGUUGAUUCAAGUUCAUCUUUAGUUUCUGAAGGCAAGAAGCAUAAAAAAUCUGGGUUGGGCCCACUAACUGCCCGUUUAAAUCAGGACCAUAGGACCAAAAAGGUAGUGCUUCAGCUGGCUGAGUGUAAAUUGAAAGAGAAUGGUUCUUCCCUUGGUGACGGUGAAAAAUCAGUGUCACAGCCUCAGAAGAAAAGGAAGAGGAGUACAAAUUUUCCAAUCAUUGCAGAGGCUAAAGAUUUCACCAUUCAAGUGGACUUCUCUGAUUCACAAAUAUACACUACUAAUUCAAAUGAGGACAAUCAGUCGGUCACUGAUUCCUGCUCAAUUCAUGAUUCCAGCUCAGUGACACUGCCUUCAAUGCCUUCAGCUUCAAUCUUGGAGAAAAUGAAACUAGCUGAUCUGCGGGAUAUUGCAAAGAGAUGCAAGCUAACUAAGUAUUAUAAGCUCUCAAAGAAAGAACUCCUCCAACUAUUAGCCAGCAAAAUUGGAACUUGCUAAACUUCCUGGUUGGUGUACAGGCUUCCGCCAUUUUCUCCUGUUUCCUUCCUUUUUUGCGUAAUUUUGUUAGCUGUUGUCUUUUACGGUGCAUGGAUGUAUGAAUCACUCUUCGGUCUACACUAAUAGAUGAUAAUCAAGCCACAUCUUCAAAUCUCCAAUGUUCAAUGAGGUGUCUUUGUCAUACAGAUGCUCACAAACACAUAGAUGCACAUGCACAUGCAAGGAGAGAGAGGGAGAGACUGAGAUAUUAAUUAGUGUUAGCCUAUUAGGGUAAGGAGGUGAAGUCCAUGCAUGAGAAAAAGGCUGCUAGACCUACAAAUGGCCAUUGUCACACUAAUUAUAUUGAAGAAAUGCAGGUUGUAGGGAUCAAAUGAGCAAUUCAAUUCUCAUAGGAUGUUAAACGUACUAGAAGCUUUGUUGUAUGAACUUGCUUAUUGUAGAGAAAGUACAGUUCUAAAUGAACCUUGUAGUAGUUCUUGAAUGCAAGUAUAUGAACUGAUCAGAGGAACUCUCUCAUACUGUGUUCCUUCUUUCAAUAUACUUCUCCUGUUAAGAUUUGUA